UGGAAACAGGGCGACGAAGAGGAGAAAUGGGCGGAGAAAGCGGUGGACUCUCUGGUGAAGAAGUUGAAGAAGAAGAAGGGAGCGGUGGAAGAGCUGGAACGGGCGCUGAGCCAACCCGGACAGCAGUCCAAGUGCGUGACAAUACCGCGAUCGCUGGACGGCCGGCUACAGGUGUCUCAUCGCAAGGGUUUGCCGCACGUGAUCUACUGUCGUGUGUGGCGGUGGCCGGACCUCCAGUCCCACCACGAGCUCAAACCUCUCGAGCACUGCGAGUACCCCUUUUCGGCCAAACAGAAGGAGGUGUGCAUUAAUCCGUACCAUUACAAGCGUGUGGAGAGUCCCGUUUUGCCGCCAGUUCUGGUGCCCCGCCAUUCGGAGUACCCCUCGUCCAUGAAUAUACCGCAGGCGCCGACGUUUCAUCCGGUAUCGGAGCCAACAAUGCCGCACAACGUGUCCUAUUCGAGCAGUGGGUUCACCACAUCGACAAACGUGGCCGAGACACCGCCGCCGGCCUAUUCGCCGCGCGACGACAACUCGAUGGCCGCCGUUAACGACAACUCAAUGGACACGACUGAUAUGCCGCCCGAUGUGCAACAGAUCGCAUACCAAGAGCCACAGUUCUGGUGCUCCAUAGCUUACUACGAGCUGAACUCGAGGGUCGGCGAGGUUUUCCACGCACAGACCAACUCCAUUGUGAUCGACGGCUUCACCGAUCCGUCCAAUAAUAACAAUCGUUUCUGUUUGGGACUCUUGUCGAACGUGAACCGCAACUCAACCAUUGAGAACACCCGCCGACAUAUCGGCAAAGGUGUGCACCUGUACUACGUGGGCGGCGAAGUGUUUGCCGAGUGUCUGUCAGACUCCGCUAUCUUCGUCCAGAGCCGCAACUGUAACCACAGUCACGGCUUUCACCCGACGACCGUAUGUAAGAUACCGUCCGGCUGUACGCUCAAGAUAUUCAAUAACGCCGAGUUCGCCAGCCUAUUGACCCAAGCGGUCAAUCAGGGGUUUGAGUCGGUGUACGAGUUGACCAAAAUGUGUACAAUUCGUAUGUCGUUCGUGAAGGGCUGGGGCGCCGAAUACCACCGCCAGGACGUGACGUCAACCCCCUGUUGGAUAGAAAUACACCUUCACGGGGCCCUCCACUGGCUCGACAAAGUGCUCACCCAAAUGGGUUCUCCACAGAACCCCAUCUCAUCCGUGUCCUAAUAGUGUAUUGUUUAGUGCGUUUUUAAACCUCUUGGUCCCCACUCUUAACCCCAAUAAGCGCGCAAACAUACACCCCAUCUCUCAUCGGACAACCAGUUACACCCCUAUAGAGCUCUAUACCCCCUGUCCUGUCGGGGGCUGUGGUGUACACAAUACUAUUGUCCCUAAUGUUGUUUUUAGCUAAUUAUGUCUCAACAAUACAAAACAAAAUAGCAGCCAUAUAUACAUCUAUAUAUACACAUUGGUGGCCACCCAUUAUGUGGUGGGGCUCCACAUUUGCCAAUACGACUACUCUCUCCCCUCCAUUGUGUAGCUAAUUGUACACUAAUUUGCAAUACAAUUAUAAUAAUUAUUAUUAUCUGUAUAGCACUCUCACGUUUCUCUCUCAUAGCAAUCAUUGAAAAAUAUUGUUUUUAUUGAUUAUUAUUUUUAUUAAGAAAAUUAUGUUUUUAUUUGAGAUUUUCAUUUCAUUCAUGAAUUUUUUAGGCAAUCAAUCAAACGAUUGAUUGAUUUAUUAUUAUUAGUGAUUAUUAUAAUUAUUUUUGAGUUUAAUUUUGAUCUUUAAUUAUAUGAUUAUUAUUUUGUAGUUAUUUGACUGACUAUGCGGUAUAUAAAAUGCAAUAAUUGUUUAUUUUAGUUAUAAUUUAAUUUACGAUUUAGUUAUUUGAAUGAAAUUACAAUUAAAUCAAAAUAAUAGCAAUUAGUUUCUCAUUUAUUUUUGUGUCGUUAUCUAUAAAAACUUUAUGUAACUUAUAAUCAAAGUAUGCAUUACUCUUACGACUACUAUUAACCCCCAGCUAUUGUAUAGGAGGCGGGCCCUCCCGUUCUCAUAUAA